AUGACCUCAUCUUCUUCUUCCUCCAAGCUCCCUGCUUACCGAAGACUCACACACGAAGAAGAUCUCGAUGACGACGAGUUCGAUUUCGAGACAAACAGAGUGGUGGUGAGAUCAAGGAGAAACAAUUCUACUACUAGUUGGUGCAGGUUUAGACCGUUCAGAAGGGUUCACAUUCGGAGGAGAUCGUUCAAGCUCAGAGUUCCGAGCCUGAGGAGGUUGUUGUCCUUGAGGAGGAAGGUGAGGGUGAUUUCUGCUCUGUGUGCAAAGGUGGUGAGGAGGUUCAAGGAAGGGCAGUCGCACUUUGGUGAUCUCUUUGCUGGCAACUAUUUGUUCGUGCAGGUCAGCCCUUCCUCGUUGAAGGCCCUUCACAAGAAGGGCACUACUACUCAGCAUUCCCUUCAGUUCAGCAAACCCUAUGCCCUCCCAAGCAAAAACAUUGCUUAA